CAUUUUAGCGACGAAGAAGAAGUGGAGGGAAACGCUUCCAUGGAGACGAGAGACGCCCGAGUGGUUGUUAUGAUAAAGUAUUCAACAUCAUGAGCGGGUUUUUAGUUUCCUAAUUGAUGUGAAACUGAAGAUCUCCGUGAGCAGCCUCAAAGUGGACUCAUGAUGUGUGUUUUUCCAGUGUACAAACUUCAGUAAGCUGGUUUUGUUAUUGGUGUUUAGCCUAUAGCUAGCUAACAAUACUGUCCCCGACGCAUGUUGUAAACUGGUCUGUACUUGUUAAAUUAGCGUUUUAAUAACGUUCAAACAUGAAGGCUUACAUUUAAAGUGUAAACUGGGAAGAGUGGUCAGGUUAAAGAUGUGGAAACGAGGCGGCCGAAGCUGUGCUCUGGACCGAGCUCAGGCUCUUCUGUCCGCCAGGAGAGAGUCUGUGCAGGAGCCUGCAGCAAAAACACGGACUCAUACGGAUAAUAUGGGUGGGUCUGUGAUAAUAACCAGAACUGCGCCCCCAAACACUCAAACUAUGCUCUCAGAUCUGAGUGACCUGUCCUCGGUCAGCUUAGCCCCUGAGGAUGAAGCUGCCACUGUGGGCUCUGCUGCUGCUGCUGCUGGAGGGACCCAGGGAAGAGAGGGGGACUUUACCAGGAAUCUCCGACCUCAGAGCUCUCUGGGUGGAGGAGGGAGCAGGUUCUUGAAGAAGGCAACGCAACCUGCAACAAACAGCAGCUAUGAUCCUGAUCCCAGAUAUGUGUCAUCUUCACAGCGAGGCUCCCAGAAUGCUGCUUUGAGUAGGCUUGCUCAGAUUGAGAGUCGUAUCCGUAGCCGUAAGCAGGCUCAAGAGCAGGCCGGACAGGGGUCAAAGAAAUUUGAAGAGGAACUAACCUCAGACCUGGGAGACCUAUCACCACCACCACCAGCGGCCCCAUCCUUGGAUACCGCUGAACAUAUCUCAGCACAGUCCAGCCUGGGAGGGAAAUGUUUCCUGAAGAACAGCACAGCAGCUGCUGUUAGCAGUCGUGAUGUUAGGUCUCUAAACGGCCCAGAUCCUGGUGUCAGGUCCAGGUCCAGAGCUGCCGCUGAAGUUUUCCCUUCAGCGAGUUUGAAAACAAAGUCAUUGGGAGUAGUGAGUGGUGUGAGCCUGGAAAGUGAUGAAGAGGACAUGAAGAAACUGCUCGGAGACUCGCUGGGUUCAAUGGAAAACAGUUUCUUAAUACCAGAGAGAGCCUCUUUCAAAAGGACAGCGGACAAGAUGUCAAAGAUUGACUUCGCUCCUGCUGCAUCGCCCUCCAAUGCUGCCCCUCCUCGCUCACCAGCCUCUCCUUCUCGCCACAGUUCCCCAUUUCGUUUCACCGGCCAGCCUCAGGCCCACUUCAGCCCCUCUGCACUCUCCCCGUCACCCUCUCCUCCACGUGUCUCCCCUUCUCCUCCAAGGAGGAUGAAUUCCUCCCACAGGAGGUCAAGUCCAGUGCGAUCCCUCUCCUCGUUGUCGGGCCGCAGCGAGGUGAUGUCUCUUGAAGAGAUCUGCCCUGUUCGGUCUGCUGAUGGAGAUCCCCGAAGUGAGAUGAGUUCAGUUUCCUCUGAAGACUUUAAGAUAAAUGUGAUGACAUUAGAUGAUCUUGCUCCUGCUUACCUUGGAGGUCCUGAUGAUACACCAGGAGAAGAGAGAGAAGCCAAACACAGCCACCUUCAACAGCUGCAAAGAUUGGAGGAGAAAGAAACAGAAGCACAGCAGCAGAUGGAGGAGGACAAUCAAAGUGACUUUGAGAGUGAGAAUAGGACAGAUCCAGAUAACAGCGCCAGCCAGGUUUCUGAACACUUGCAAGGACAGGGAGACGAAGACAAAGUAUCAGAGGUCUGUGAGAGGACUUCGGAUUCAGACGUUUCCCACGGGGGGACAGAUUAUGAUUACUCGAGCAAUUUCUCAGACACAAGUUGCUCCUACAACCCAAGACCUGCAGAUCACAGUCACUCAGCCAGCAGAAACAGGACCUCUAGGUCUUCCAGGUCUUCAGUAUCAGAUGACAGCAGGUCGAGGAGGCGUGCUUCAUCAGGAAAUGUUUUGAAGGACGAAGCAGUACGGACUCCGCCUGAUCCACUGGCCGACAAAUUGCCUGCUGGUAUGCCGUUUUUGGGUCCUGCAGGAGGGAGGGCUUACAUGUAUCCAAGCCCAGUGGUCACUCAUACUCUCAGUGCAGAAAUGGUGGAAGCUCUCAGCACCUUCAAUCCAGCUACGUUUGCACUCAAUGAAAUCCUGAAACAGCAACUUGCCAUGACGAGACGAAUCAUCGAAAGCAACAGACAACUUCACUCCAGCCUGGUGCAGAGCCUGGAACCGCCAAACUACAGAUACACCACGCUGGAGGACACCAAAGAGUAUAUUCGCAGACGCAGAGCUCCCAGGCUGACAGUGGCGGAAGCGUUAGACGAGGUGAUGCAGGAGAUGAAGAUGACGACCAUCAUCACAGCUGAGCACUGACUGAGAAAGUGUGCUGGAACAUUUCAUCACUAAUGUGUUAAACAAAAGUCUUUCGCCCUGUCCUUUUUCUAUAAAGAUGAGUUUUAUACUUAAUUGUUGCACAAU